AUGGACUUCACAAUUUGUACAUUGUUCCUUCUGUUGGCAUGUGUCACCAUUGGUUCAUUCCUUGCAAGAACAACCACAAAACCAAACCACAAACUUCCACCAGGCCCUUCACGCCUUCCCAUCAUAGGAAACCUCCUUGAACUUGGGCAAAAGCCACACCAAUCUUUGGCCAAGCUUGCAAAGAUUCAUGGUUCUAUGAUGAGCCUCAAGCUAGGUAGAGUAACCACUAUAGUAAUUUCUUCUGCUGAGAUGGCCAAAGAAGUGCUCCUAACACAUGACCAAUCCUUGUCAAACCGUCCCAUUCCUCAAUCAGUGUCAGUUCUCAACCAUGAACACUAUAGCCUUGCCUUCUUACCCGUUUCACCAUUGUGGCGAGAGUUGAGAAAAAUAUGCAAUGGCCAACUAUUUGCACACAAGACCCUUGAUGAAAGCCAAGAAGUUAGACGCAAAAAAGUGCAACAACUCCUCAAUGAUGUGUACAAAAGUAGCCAAGUUGGUGAAGCAGUGGAUAUUGGAAGAGAAGCAUUCAAGACCACCAUAAAUUUGUUAUCAAACACCAUUUUCUCUGAGGACUUGGUUUUGUCUAAAGGGAAAGUGGGAGAGUUCAAGGACUUGGUGACCAAUAUCACAAAACUUGUUGGAUCACCAAACAUAGCAGAUUUUUUCCCUGUGCUGAAGAUGGUUGAUCCGCAGGGUGUGAAAAGACAACAAGCUAAGAAUGUUGCCAAGGUGUUGGACAUCUUCGACUGCUUGAUUAGGCAACGGUUGAAGUUGAGGGAAAGCACAGGUUCUGACACGCACAAUGACAUGUUGGAAGCCUUGCUCAACAUUUCUAAGGACAACAAGAUGAUUGACAAAACAAUGAUUGAACAUUUGGCACAUGAUCUGUUUGUUGCGGGAACAGAUACAACAACUUCAACUCUUGAAUGGGCAAUGACUGAGUUAGUACUCAACCCAGAGAUCAUGUCAAAGGCAAAAAAAGAGUUGGAAGAAGAAAUAGGCAAAGGUAAGCCUGUAGAAGAAUCAGAUAUUGCUAAACUCCCUUACUUGCAAGCAAUCAUAAAAGAGACCUUGCGCUUGCACCCUCCAGUUCCUUUCUUACUUCCUCGAAAGGCAGAAAGAGAUGUAGACAUAUGUGGCUUCACCAUCCCAAAGGAUGCACAAGUGCUAGUUAAUGUGUGGACUAUUGGUAGGGAUCCAACCUUAUGGGUGAAUCCAACUUUGUUCUCUCCAGAGAGGUUUUUGGGCUCAGAUAUUGAUAUCAAAGGUCGAAACUUUGAGCUUGCACCAUUUGGUGCUGGAAGGCGCAUAUGCCCUGGCAUGAUGUUGGCUAUUAGAAUGUUGCUUUUGAUAUUGGGUUCACUAAUCAAUUCCUUUGAUUGGAAACUUGAAGAUGGCAUUAAACCACAAGAUGUUGACAUGGGCGAAAAAUUUGGAAUUACCUUACAAAAGGCUCAACCACUUCGAGUUGUUCCAGUUGACAUAUAA